AUGACUUUACCCCUCAAUCCCAAACAUUUCCUCAGUGAAUUAACAGGAAAACCAUUAAUGGUGAAACUUAAGUUGGGAAUGGAGUACCAGGGCUACCCGGAGUCUACAGAUGGCUCCAUGAACAUGCAGCUUGCAAAGACAGAACGGCAUAUAGAUGGAGUACUGUCUGGACAUCUGAGUGUUGUUUUAAUAAGGUGCAAUAAUGAAGAAGAGGAAGAAGAUGGGGUAAUGAGAGAACAGCGACAGAUGGCAAUGAAGCGCGACUUCACCAUCAUCGAAGGCUAA